CUGAGGCUGAUCCGCCUCACCCAGGAUGGAGAGCCCGACUCUUCAGACGCUCUCCUCUGACCUCCACCGGCGCAGACCCUUGCUGCUGCUGCUUCUCUGAAAAAUCAAGGGAAGUGCCUCACACAUGUGAACCCCCCCAGGGCCGCUGUACUGUUCGGGGCGGGUGGAGGCUUUUGGAGGCGGUGAGCUGGUUCAGGUGAGUUGCAGCGUGGAGGGUGUCCGAGGGGCACUCUGUGGCUGCGUUAACCACCCCCCCAGGCUGGGGGUGAAGAGGAAGGCUGGCCGGAACGUGCCCUGCAGCAAGCCGGGCGAGGAUGAGGCGUUUCCUGAGCAGGAAGGGCCGCUUCUCCCUGCGCCAGAGCAAGUCCGGGACCCGGAGUGCCUCCAAAGAUUUCUUCCUUGGCCUCCCUGCCACCAACCAGAACUGGCCCGAGGCCUUUGGUUUCCGGCUGGGGGGCACCGGCCCCAGUUACAUCCUGUCCGUGGUGGAGGGAAGUAGUGCCUACCUUGCUGGCUUACAGCCAGGUGACCAGGUGGUGGACAUCGAAGGCCAAGAUGUGACUAACCUCAGCACACCUGCUCUGAUCGCUCUGGCUCAGACCCUGAAGACCGUCCCACCCAGCAUCGGUGUGGUGUCACGCCUCGAACAGAUUGACAUCACCCCAGGCCCAGACGGGCGUUUUGGCUUCACCAUCGUGGGAGACAGCCCUCUGAUGGUCGAGGAAUGCAUGCCCGGCGGGCCUGCGGCACACAGCGGCCUCAAAGUUGGCGCCUACGUCAUGGAGGUCAACGGCAUCCCCGUGAAGCACCACGAAACGGCAGCAGCCAUGAUCAAAGCGGCGCAGGGGCGACCUCUGCGCCUGGGCGUGCUCAGCAUGGCUCGCCGGAACAAGCGGCUGAGCAGCAGCAUGAGGGUGCUGUCGCAGAGCGGAGACAGCGUCAGGGAGAGUCGAGCGCACAAGGCCAUGGAGUUCAACAAGAAAGUAGAGGAAGUGCUCGGAGAAGAGCCAGAUGUGAAGGAACAGCUGUUUGAGGUGCUCAAGCAGUACGCUUCAGAGAGGGAUGUGGAGAGUCUGGCUGAAGCCCUGCCGGACAUUUUGAUCACAGAGGAGCAUCAGCAGCUGAUCGACAACGUCAGGAUCUUCAUUCCCAAAAAGCACCGGGAGCGUUUCGACGAGGUGGUCUCUCAGAGUUUGAUGAGCCGGCUGAAGGGGCGGAGCUUCAGUGACCCCAGCCGGAGCCAGUUUCGCCGCAGCCGAAGCGAGGACCACCCCGAACGUCUCCUGGUCUCCACCCGAGCCAGCUCAGUGCCGCGCACCCACGCAGAAGAGGGCAUGGCCCUGCCUGCCAGAGGCAUGCGCAAGAUCACCUCACUCAUGGCGGGCCACUCUGGUGGCGCCCCCAACUGCAGGACAGUGAGAGUUUGUAAGGGCAACUUAAGUUUCGGCUUCACCCUGAGAGGCCACGCUCCGGUCUGGAUUGACUCUGUGAUCCCUGGAAGCCCUGCAGACAAGGCAGGUUUAAAACCAGGAGACCGGAUUCUGUUUCUCAACGGCCUGGACAUGAGGACCUCCUCUCAUGAGAAAGUUGUGUCCAUGCUGCAAGGAAGCGGGGCGAUGCCCACCCUGGUGGUGGAAGAAGGCCCGCCCACUUUCACGCUGGCCGAGCAGGACCCUACGGGGGGAGGCGUUCCCGCGGAACGCGCCCGUUCUCCGGUGCUCAGCUCCCUGCAGUGGGUGGCGGAGAUUUUGCCCCCCAGCAUCAGGGUGCAGGGCCGCACCUUUGGACAACAGCUGGAGCACCUGCUGACCAUCCAGGAGAGGUACAUCAUCUGCAAAGCUCUGGAGAACUUCUUCCAGCACCGGAAUGUUGACACGCUGAUUGUGGAUGUGUUCCCAGUGCUGGAUACUCCAGCCAAGCAGGUGAUCUGGCAGUUUGUUUACCAGCUGCUGACGUACGAAGAACAAGAGCACUGCCAGAGCAAGAUUUCACGUUUUCUUGGCUACAAAGCACCAGUUCCACCACCACCACCUCCGCCUCCCCCUCCUCCGGAGCCAGAGCCGGCCCCGGAGCCCCAUCGCCGCAGCAGCUCCAUGAGGGUGACAGGGACCACGUACAGGAGCAGUGUGAGGGGCCGCAGCUCUGAUGACUUGGUCAUUGGCACACACUUAGGCAUGGGCCUCCGUGCAGAGUCCACACAGGAAACAGGUAUGAGGUUGGCCCCUGGAGAGCGUCAGUCCGGUGAUGGCACCUCUCUGCCGGAGACUCCCAAUAACCUCACUAAUCUGUCAGCAGUGUACGCUGAACUGGAAAACAUGUACUCAGCCAAGAGGUCCAAGUCUCUGAAGAGCCGUCCUCCGCCUGAACCUGAGAGUUUGUUGGAUUUGGACUCUCCACCACGGCCGGAGUCUCCCCUCAUAAAUACUAACACAGGCAGCCAUAAGGGACCCCCAACCCAUUCAUCCUGGCCAGACCCUCUGCCCAGUCCCCCUCCAGCCCAGUUCUACCCACCGGGGUUGACGAGCCAGACGAGUGGGGAGUCUAACCCCUACAUGAGUUUAGACAGCCCCCMUCCAUCCCCUCCAGAACCCGACUUCCCUUCCAGCCCACCUGUCCGACGCAGCAGCAAGCGGCGCUACACCUUCUCCAAACCUCCUCGCUCGGAGGACACGGAUCGCUUUCUGGACGCGCUGAGCGAGCAGCUGGGACAGAGGGUGGCAAUCGUUGACGACUUCCUGACCCCUGAAAAUGACUAUGAAGAGGAUGUUGUGCAGAUGGGCUACCCGGAUGAGGAUGAGGAGGAUAAUGAAGAUGAGCUCGGGGUGGAUGAAGAGGAGAACGGGGGAUUUGUCGAUCCAGAGCUAAGCAGCCCGAGCGACGUCCAGAGCAGCAGCGGCGAGGAGAACGCCUCCUCCCUCACCUAUUCCUCGUCCUCCGAUCACAUUCCUCCACCGCCCAUGUCACCUCCGCCACCCCCACCUGUUCAGUUCAAUGACCCACCUCCUCCCCUUGCGCCGCCUGCGCCGAGUCAACCCCAGCAGCAGCAACAGCAGGAAUCAAUGAGCUUAUCUCCUGAGCCAUUACCAAGAGGAUACCUGCCCAUCCGCCGGAAAUCUGGCCCACCUCCACCACCUCCUCCCCGCAGCAAUCCGCCACCAAAACGCCACUCCUUACACAAAGUCCUCCCUGCAAGAGAAGACCUGCAGGUCCACGCUACCAUACAGGAGCUGAAAGCAUUCCAAGAGCAACAGGCCUACCAGGAAAGACAAGCUUUUGAGGAGCAGCAAGCGUAUAAGGAGAGGCAGGCGUACGAGGAGCAAAAAKCCUACGAGGAACAGCAACUUUUCCAAGAUCGGCAGGAACAGCAAGAAAAAAUAUACAAAGAAAGGAAAAUGUACGAGGAGCAGAGAGCUUUCAAGGAGCAAAAAACCUUUGAGGAGCAKCAAAUGUACCAGGAGCAGCAGGCUUACCAAGAAAGACAAGCCUAUGAGCAACACCAGGCCUACCAGGAGCAAAAAGCGCUUCAAGAGCUUCAGGCCUACCAGGAGCAGAAAGCGUAUGAGGAGGGCAGGGCUUACGAGGAGCGUCAAGCGUAUCAAGAGCAACAGAUGCAGCAGAUGUACCAGAGCCACCAGUCGAUGCCGGUCCAACCAACACAGCAGAAAGCCCACCCACCUCUGCCUCUCCAACAGCCACACCAGUCGUUACCCCCCUUACCUUCCCAGGACCCCACCCAUCAAAACCACCCUCUUUAUAUGAUGCGGCAAGUGCAGCAGCAACAGACCCGGCACAGCCUUCACCAUAGACGCUUGUCCCGCUCCGCUCCUCCCCCACAUCASCCGUCACCGCAGCAAGCCGUGCAUCCGGGACAACAAAGUCCGUAUCCAGAGGGCAUCUACCAAAGUCAUCAGGGCGGACGGCCACAGCCCCACCAUUCCUCCAUAGAGAUGCUCCACCAGCUGCAUCACRCUCCAGCGCAUCAUUCCUCAUCAGAGAUGCUCCAUCAGCUGCAGCAAACCCAGGUCCACCACGCCUCUGCAGAAAUGCUCCAGCAGAUGCACCAACCCCACGCCCACUACUCCUCAUCAGAGCUGCUCCAGCAGAUGCAGAAGGCCGCGGCCCAUCGUUCCUCCACGGAGCUCUUGCACCRGAUGCAGCGAAUGCAGCCCCACCACUCUUCAACCGAGCUCCUCCAUCAAGCUCACCAGAUGAACCGAGGACAGCCCCACCACUCCUCGAGCGAGCUGCUCCACCAGGUGCACCAGCCCCACCACUCCUCCAUGGAGCUUCUCCAUCAGGCUCAUCAGAUGCACCAACCCAAGCCCCACCACUCCUCCACGGAGCUUCUGCACGAGGCUCGGCAAGAGCCCGCCUCCCUCCCAACUCAGCUCAACCGCGAGGGCCAAACCCACCAGAGUCGCAAGAGCCUCAAAGGUCAUCAUCAAGCUGAYGUUCCGCUGCAGGGCAGACCCAAAGACCAGCAGGUUCAGCAGAUCCACCACUCACAGCCCACUAAACCCUCCCCACAGAGACCCCACUCGAUCCAACAGACCCACCAUCAUUCCAGUACGYCUCAGAUCCACCACAUCCACCACAUGAUCCCGCAGCCCCCUCCUCAGGACUAYCAGCACCAGAUCCACGUCAUUCAUCCUCCCCAGCAGCCACACAGGCCCCAGCCACUGCUCACCACCUUCCAGCCCCUCCAGCCCAGCCUCUCCACCUUCCAGCCUCUGCCCCAACACCCCCCGCCUCAGCAGCAGGUCCAGUCCUCGGCGCAAACGGCCCGCCCACACUCCCAGCCCUCGCACCACCUCCUGCGGACCCAACAACCCCAACCUCACCACAAGCAGUCCCAAACCCAGAGUCAGCCCCCGUCGCUCCCUCACUCCAUCUCUGAUCCCACGGAGCACCUAGAGCCGCCUCCUCCUCCUCCUCCACCCUUACCGCCCCCCUGCUCCCCUCCUCCACUGCCAAGACCCACCCUGUCCAGGAUGGACUCUCAUCACAUGAGCGUGAAGAGGCUGCGCUGGGAACAAGUGGAGAACUCAGAGGGGACUAUAUGGGGACAGUUGGGRGAAAAUUCAGAUUAUGAAAAACUGCAUGACAUGGUGAAGUAUCUGGAUCUGGAGCUCCACUUUGGGACCCAGAAGGCCUCCUUGCUUCCUUCUGAGCCGUCCCUGGAAAGUUUCAAGAAGAAGGAUGUGAUCGAAAUCCUGUCCCAUAAAAAGGCUUACAACGCCUCCAUCCUUAUUGCCCACCUGAAGCUCUCCCCCAGUGAGCUGCGUCAGGUCCUGAUGAGCAUGGCCACAGACCGACUGGAGCCGGCUCACAUCAAGCAGCUGCUGCUCUACGCUCCCGACGCAGAAGAGAUGAAAAAAUACGAAGAGUACAGAGAGGACCCCAGCAAACUCAGCGAGCCGGACCAGUUUGUGCUGCAGAUGUUAUCUGUUCCAGAGUUUAAGACCCGUCUGCAGAGUCUGCUCUUCAAGUGUUCUCUCCAGGAGAAGACGGAGGAGCUGAGGGGAGCGUACGACUGUAUCAUCAAAGCCUCCAUCGAGCUGAAGACCAGCAAGAAGCUGGCUAAGAUACUAGAGUUUGUCUUAGCGAUGGGGAACUACUUGAAUAACAGCCAGCCUAAAACCAGCAAGACUACAGGCUUUAAAAUCAACUUUCUCACCGAGCUGAGCACAACUAAAACAGUCGAUGGGAGAUCAACCUUUCUACAUAUUCUGGUCAAAUCAUUGUGUCAACAUUUUCCAGAUGUGUUGGAUUUCUCCAAAGACCUGACCAUGGUUUCUCUUGCAGCAAAAGUGAACCAGAGAACUAUCACAUCGGAUGUGAACGACAUUCAUUCCACUAUUCAGGAAAUCCGUGCGGCUUGUCAGAAGAUGCCUGCGACGUCCGAGGAUCGCUUUGCCGUCGUCAUGAGCAACUUCCUGGAAAACAGUCAUCCAGCUCUGCAGUCUCUGGAAUCCCUCCAACAAAGAGCCAUGGAGGAGUUCAGCCGAACCGCCUCGUACUUUGGCGAGGACGGCACGUCCACCACCUCUGAGGCAUUCUUUGGCAUUUUUGCUGAGUUCAUGAGCAAGUUUGAGAGAGCUCUCAGUGAUCAACAAGGGGCAGAAAACCCAAAGAGUCCAAGGAGUCCACGUCUGGCCUCCCCGCUGGCCUGGUAACACACACAUGGAGAUCACCAUAAACUGGACUGUUACAGCAUCUAAAGCAUUAAACACACAAACACACAUUUAACGUGCAGUACUUGACAAACAUGUUCAUUUUCACUUAAGAAAGAAAGGRGAAGUUAAAUUGAGGUCAAAUAUAUGUUACAGUAUGUUAAAGAUGUGAACUUUAGGUUUGUGUCAGUGUUUCAUUUUAAGGAUCAAUCUAAUAAAAAUCACCAGAACACAACUUUAUUUUAUGUUCAGGAUAUMUAUACUGUUUGGACGAUAGUCCAAUAGUUUAAACUAUGUUUCUCUAAGCACCCAUGUGGAGCAGAAGAAUUACACAUAAAGGUCUUUGUGAUGUAUUAAGACAUACAGUAGAUAUAUUUAAUCUUGAAAUAGAUAAACUCUUAAUGCUUAUGUUUAUCAGACACCCACCACAUUGAAUGUAACGUAGACUUUUUAAGAAUUUUGUAUCUGCUUGAAGUGGAGUUCAAUGGAAAAGUCAUGAAUAAUAACUAUCUUACCUGUUGCAGAUAGGUCUUUUAAUUACCUCGGUUUGGAGAAAUAGUUUAAUUCUGACCUGAUUGAUGAGUGAAAACAAGGGUGUCAAACUCGUUUUCCCUGAUGGUCACAUGAUGGUGGUCCUCAAAGGGCCAAUUGUAAUUGACUUUGACGUUUUGUGUUUAUCUUUGACCAAAGACGAAACCUCAUGUUCCUCGUCUCAUUGCUACAGGUGACCACCGUUAAACAAUUACUGAGCUCUACAUGGUAUUUUGUGCACAGAAACUAUUUUAACAUGUCCUCUUACAAACACUGAAUGCAGCAAAAUAGAGAUUUUACAUGGCGAACUUCUCACCUGACGGCUACUUUUGAACCCUGUGCACCUCCAGCCAGUGGURAGGUGUCAUUUUGUGGGAAAAAGACUCGACCUGCGUUAUGGGAGAUGCAUUCUGGCUUUAAAGCAGCUUAUUUUAAGACAAUACAUCUUUGAAGUUCUCACGGGCCACAUUAAAAGCCUUGGUGGGCCACAUUUGRCCCACAGGUCCWAGGUUUGACACGUGCCAGAGACUAAUUAAGCUAUCUGUACCAGGUGAGAUGUUAUUUGUUCAGAACAUUUCCAGUUAACCCCAUUUCAAAAGAUCUGACCAAUUGUUUUAAGUAAAUUCUCGUCAGCUGCCCAGAUAGCAGAUAGCUUUAUUUAAUUAUGUUUUUUUUCCCUGAGUUUUGUAMGAUACUUACAGCUUGCAAAUAGGAGCCGUGUGUGAGUGUUUGUGUGUUGGUGCUUUAUGAGAAGACUGCAGAAAUGAGAUGAUGUGAAUGUUUAGCUGUGCUCCACUGUUAGAUACUGCGCUCAGUAUGUUGUGAUAACUGUCCAGAGAUGCUGAAAUGUCUGAACCAUCUUCUUCUUAUUGUUCUAGUUUUUCUUUUCUUCUACGGUCUUUGAUUGAAUUUUAAUGUGUUUUCUGUGUAAAGCAUGGUGUUUAAACCACCGAGAGGACAACAAUAACCUUAGAUUUGUGGUGUAAUCUGAUUUUCAGACAAAUAAUAAUGCAGCAUACAAUACUUUAUCAGAUAAGCCUUUAUUAAAAAAAAACAACUAAGCUUUCAAGUUCAAUUGUUAAGGCGAGUUAUUUUUAGAUCUUAUAAUUAUUUUAAGCUUUAUUUUCUAAUGAUAUAUUGGUAUAAUGUUUCUUUCAGCUCUAAUUACAGAAUGUACCAUUUAAAGCACUGUUGUUCAUUUAGGAUCUAUGAAGUGUAAAGUCUGUAUUUUGUAUUGUAACAAAACAAUGCAACCAAAUAUAAAGACUUGUAUUGGGUC